AUGGGGAAAUCACAAGCAGAAGAUUACCUAGCCAAAGCCGAGAAGAAAGCAUCCUCUUCGGUGGGGUGGUUCGGAAGUUCAAGCUCAAAGUGGGAGGAGGCCGGUGAUCUGUUCGCUCAAGCUGCCAACGCAUUCAAGGUGGAGAAGAGAUGGAGGGAGUCGGGUCAAGCUUUCGAGAGAGAAGCAGCAUGUCGCCAGCAAGCAAACGAGAUGAAUGACGCCAUGAACGCUUUCCACAACGCCGCCAAGAGUUAUAAGAAGUCAGACCCGGAAGCCGCCGUCACUGCUUUACACCAAUGCAUCAAGCUCCUGGUCAACUCUGGUCAUUUCCGUCAAGCUGCUGAUAGGGAGAAGGAGAUCGCUGCUAUAUAUGCUCAAGAUGGCUUGGAUGUUGCCAAAGCGAGAGACAGUUUUGUGAGAGCUGGAGACUGGUACAAACAAGAGGAUGCGAAUGCCACCGCAAACCAAUGUUAUCAACAAGCUGCCGAAUUAUCCGCCGACCUGCAAGAUUAUCAAAGAUCGAUGGAGUUAUAUCAGACCGUGGCAGAUUGGUCUCUGACAAGUGCUUUAACCAAGUACUCUGUUAAGGAGUAUUGGCUACGUGCGGCUUUAUGUUCGAUGGCCAUGGGCGAUCUCGUAACAACGCAAAGGUUACUUGAGACAUUUGCUCAAAAGGACGUUACAUUCCCUUCGACGAGAGAAGCCAAGUUUGCUCAUGAAUUGAUGGAUGCAUGCGAACAAGCCGAUGUGGAGAGGUACACCGCUGCUGUGUAUCAGUAUGACCAAGUCACAAAGUUGGAUAACUGGAAGACGGGAGUUUUGUUAAGGAUCAAGAAGGCUCUGGAGGAGGAUGAAGGUGGUUUGACAUAG